GCGCUGCAGCACGCGUCCGAGGCGGACCCCCUCGAGGCGAGCGGCAACGGCGGCGCCGCCUCCAGCGCGGCCACCAUCGCCAUCCUGGAGGCGUCCUUCUCGGCCAGGGACGCGGCCUCCAUCUUCCUCGGCGCGAACCGCACCUGCGGCGCCAACCACACCAGCGACGGGCCCAGGACCAUCCGGGCCGGCGUCAACCACCGGUGCUCCGGCCAGAACUACUGCAGCUUCAUCCUCAACACCGACCUACCUUCCAGCGCGGACUGGGGGCCCGGCCUGGUGCAUAUCAAGUACGCGUGCGUGAGUGGCUCCCACAUGCACCGCUACUGCAGCUCCAGCGCGGAGGUGACGACCACGGAGGAGGGCGAGGGCUUCCUGCAGUCCCCGGGCUACCCCACCAUCACGGUGGGCCAGAGCGCGUGCCUGUGGCGACUGCGCGCGAACCGCGGCCAGCGUCUGCUGCUGCGGGUGCUGGACCUGUCCCUUCGAGCGCGCACGGACGGCGACGAGGACUGCGUGGACGCGCUGUCGGUGCGAGAGGGCUCGGAUGACGGCGCCGCCAACGCCGACCUGGUGCACGAGUGCGGAGACCGGGACGACGACCUGGAGGUGGAGUCCGAGCACGGCGCCCUCGACGUGAACCUGACGACGCGCUCCGAGAACGCCUUCCCCUCCCGCGGCGUCCUCAUCCACUACAAAGCCGUGGGCUGCCCCACCUUACCCACGCCCGUCGACGGCUACCUGGAGCACCACAACGCCACCGCCGCGUGGUACAUGUGCAGCGUCGGAUACGUGUUCAAGGACACCGAGCGACGCGCGCGCACCCUGCUCUGCGAGCACGGCAACACGUGGAACGACACCCUCGCCCCCUGCGUCAACGUUUCGUUGACAUCUGCCUGGAAGAAGGGAGACUUCGAUUCCUGGACAUUUUCCGACGGGAACAACACCAAAAUCAAAAUGGCAGCAAGCGACGGUGGCGACAACGACACUGUGUCUCGUGUCAUUGUCCCAACAGUCAUCAUGGCAAUGCUGUUUGUUGGAAAUGCAGUAGUACUCUAUGUGCUCUUCAUGUUGAGAAAGAGGAACCAGAAGAAGUGUGCUGAAGAUGAAGAAAGAGCAGCCAUCGUCAAGACUAAUGGAUCAAUUAAAGAAACCAAAGUUGGGGAGACGGAAAAUGCACUGGAGGAAAAUACAACUGACAUCCCAACAGUUAUAGCUAAUGGUGCUGAGGAUGUAGUUGCAGAUGCACGGUGUUGACUGCCUUGUUAGGCCUUUAAUUUCUUAGCUUGUAAGCAAUUAAGACUGUCAAUGAGUGAGGUACUUCUCCCAUGGAAAAGUAUUUCCUUCAUGUGUUUUUAUUUUACAAUGUCACAUUCAUUUAAGUAUUUGUUUUAAAUGUCUUACUUAUUUACUGCGCCAAAUUUGCAAACAGGCCAGUAGCUUUUGCCUGUAAUGUUUAUAGGUGUGACAAGGGAAAAGCAGUGAUUUUGUUCAAUUCUCAAAAGUUGUUCUUGUCAAUUGAGUGUCAAUCCCAUUUCACAUUUUAGCAUGGAUGAAAACACAGUAGAAUAGUUUGAGAGUAGCAAUGUGGAGAGAGUAUUGUAGCAAUGAAGAACUUAGUUCCAUUUAUGCUAGCAAUAAUGUUAACUCUCCAAACUUUGAUCUGAAGAAAAAAUAAGUUGAAGCAAAUAAGGCAUCAUUUUAUAUCUGACAUUAAUUUUAUACCUAGAGUAACAUUCAAUGACCUAUGGAAAUUGAUAGACUGAAGCAUCAGUUAUUUUAAAAAACAUCUUUCGCCUUACAACAGUGAAAUAAAACAAAUAGAAACAACAGUAAAAA